CUGGUUGUAGCAGUUGCACGAUUAAGGGGGUGUUCUGGGUUAUGCAAGUUGCCUUUUCUCAUCUCUCAACCACUCCUUAUGAGAUUUCUCAUUGAAAUCCAAUAAUCUUUCAGUCUUUGUUAGACAUCCUCCUCGCAGAGCAGAGAAUUAGGGGAGGAGGUUAUCCAUCCAAGUCUAAGAAAUUAAAGGCGUAGGAGGAGAAGAAAAUCACCAGGCAAAGAGGGUGUAAGGAUGAAUUAUUCGAGUGGUGCAACAGAACCGUUUUUAUUGGAGAGGAGAGAAUCAGGAUGGAGGAAGGUGUUGGACAUGGAGGAGGCCAAGAAACAAGUUCUGUUCUCUUUGCCCAUGAUCCUUACCAACGUCUCUUAUUACGCCAUCCCUCUCAUAUCCGUCAUGUUUGCUGGUCACCUGGGUGAGCUUGAGCUUGCAGGCGCCACCCUCGCUAACUCUUGGGCCUUUGUCACUGGUUUUGCUCUCACGACUGGUCUAAGUGGUGCGCUUGAAACACUUUGUGGACAAGGAUAUGGUGCCAAGUUAUACAGGAUGUUAGGGGUAUAUCUACAAUCGUCAAUCAUCAUCUCUUUCAUCUUCUCUGUCCUUGUAUGUUUUGUCUGGUUCUAUUCACAACCCAUACUGAUUUUUCUUCACCAAGAUCCUCAAAUAGCCCAAAUGGCUGGUCUCUACAUGAAGUAUCUAAUCCCGGGUCUCUUCUCAUUCGGCUUUCUGCAAUGCAUCCUCAGAUUUCUUCAGACACAGACUGUUGUAAUACCUCUUGUUGUGUGCUCCCUGGUCCCAUUGUUCAUCCAUGUCGGCCUUGCAUAUGUACUGGUUCACUUAACUCCUCUGGGUUUCAGGGGAGCACCAUUGGCAGCUGCUAUAUCAUUGUGGAUUUCAUUGCUAAUGCUGGCCUUCUAUGUCAACUAUGCUAACGGGUUCAAGCGUACAUGGGAAGGUCUCUCCAUGGAAUGCUUCCACCACGUACUGCCAACCAUGAAGUUGGCCAUCCCCUCUGCAAUCAUGGUAUGUCUGGAGUUGUGGGCUUUUGAGAUUCUGGUGAUACUGGCUGGAUUGAUGCCCAACUCAGAGAGAACUACUUCUUUGAUAGCAAUGUGUGUGACCACAGAGGCUGUGAUAUUCAAUAUAAUCUAUGGUUUCAGUGCUGCUGUAAGCACAAGGGUGUCAAAUGAAUUGGGAGCAACAAAUGUGGAUCGAGCUAAGAACGCUGUGGCAGUGACUCUCAAGCUUGCUGUUGUUCUGGCUCUUAUAGUUGUUAUAGCCCUGCUUCUUGGCCAUAAUAUGUGGGCUGGUUUCUUCAGUGACAGUCUUGUAAUAAAGAGUGGAUUUGCUUCCAUGACUCCACUGCUUGCCAUCUCUUUAUUACUUGAUUCAGCACAGGGUGUGUUAUCAGGUGUGUGCAGAGGAUGUGGUUGGCAGCAUUUGGCUGCAUGGACCAAUUUGGCAGCCUUCUACAUUAUUGGCAUGCCAAUAGCUAUCCUCCUUGGCUUUAAGUUUGGAUUAUAUGUUAAGGGAUUGUGGAUUGGUCUGAUUUGUGGCCUCUUCUGCCAGGCCAGCACCCUUUUGGUGAUUACAUUGCGUACAAAAUGGAAUAGACUGGAGUUCUCUUUGAACGGACAUAGUGAAAACCCUGAUUCGGAACAGAUUUGAAAGUAGAGUAAGAGAAAUAACACCAACAUGCUUGGUAAAACUACAACAUCUGGUUUUUGUUAAAACCAGUUAGCAAGAAAUAUUUGCAUAUGCGGUGAGGCAUGAGCAUGAGAUAUAUCUCUACUUCUGAAAAUUGUUUUUUUUUUUUUUUGAUUUAGGCCCAGAAAUGGAGUUUGAAAAUUGGUAUAUAUCAAGGAAUUUUGAAUUCUUAAAGCUGAACUCUGAAGUUAGCUUGUUCCUGUGACCUAGUUCUCUUAAACUGGCAUAAAACAAAGUUGGGAAGAACUAACUUAUUUUGUAGUUGUUGAGAUAGUGUUAACAGUUC